AAUAACUCUCACUUAAAACAUGAGCUUCAUUCAUUCCCAACAUCAGUCCUUCUCAGGAGAGAGGAGCAACAACAUGCACAGCUUCACGGCCACCUCUGAGAAGAGGUCUUCUUUUAAAGGUGUGAUUCUAGCAAUAGUGGCUAUCAUAUGUUCAUCAUGCAUCCCACCUUUUGUAAAUUUGUAUAAAGGAGUGUCUAUACCUGUCAUCGGAGCGUGGAGACAUCAACUUUCAUGAAUCUAUUGAAUUCCACUUAGUUGGUAUAUGUUGAGAAAGUUACCGAAAAUCGAUAAAAGAGUAUUCACUUGGACGACACUGUCAGAGAUUGUCCUUGCAGCCACCUUCUUCUGCAUUGCAUCUGUGAUGUUCUUGAUGAGCUCAAGGAAAACUCUUUACUCGCAUACCAUGACGUUGGCAAACUCUGGAGGGAUCAUCCUCAUUUUGGUAAAUGUGAUCAGACUUAUACCAAUAAAUAGAUAUGAGAUCAUUGGAACCAUUGUUGUAGUCUGCGGUAUAUUUGCUCUUAUCAAUGAUUCUGAGUCGACUAAGGCUGAAGGAAGUACAAAUAUCUUGCUGGGUGAUACUUUUGCAUUAAUAUCAAUGCCUUGCUAUACCUUAGCUUUCGUCUUCAACUCUAGAGCCAUCCAAAAACUUCCUUCUCUUGUUGUAUUCCACUGUUUUAGCGUGGUUCAGUUGGUAUUAUUCACGACAUAUAUUUUAAUCUUCAGCGGUAUCGAAAUGCAAGUUUUAUUCUCAAGAGAUCCAAUUGGUGGACUAUUCGGAUGGAGUGACCCUAACUGGAUUCUACUCUCCACCUUAAUUAUUGCUCCAAUCUGUGGAGUACUUGGAGUAGGUUGCUACGUGUUUCUACUCGAUUUCUUCCCUCCUCAUAUUGUGAAUGGAAUCUUUUUACUAGAGCCAUUCGUGGGACAACUCAUCGGUACUUUACUCGGCCAAGACGGAUGGCCAACUAUCUUCACUUACAUAGGUGCUUUACUUGUGACCAUCGGACUUGGGUUCACAAUUAUGGGAAAUGCUAAAACUAAAGACGAGGAAGAUGUGCCCAAGGAGAUUCUAGAUAUUGAGCUUUCUCAGAGCUCUCUGCUAUAACUAU